AUGCAUCUUCUUCUCAUUCGUCAUGUUGAAAGCGUUGACAAUGCAGCUAGCCUCUACGGCGGCUCUCGCGAUGCUGGCCUGACUGCUCACGGUGCUCUGCAAGCCCAACGACUGGCGUCAAGCCUGGCCGAGUCCAGGUUGCUGGUCAAGCACAUCUUCUCGUCCAACCUUGAGAGAGCGGUCAAGACGGCCCACGCCAUACGCGACGCUCAGAACAAUGCGCACCAGUCCGCGCUGACUGUCGUCGAAUUGGCCGAGCUUCGAGAGAAGCACUUUGGCAACUGGGAAGGUGUCAAAUUUGCAUCUGGAUCCACGCAGCACAAACCAGUGCAGACAGGUGCCGAGACCUUGGAGUCGUUGCGCGCGAGGUGCAAUGCCUUUCUGGAACAAUGCCUCGCUCCCGUCAUGACCGCCCAGACAGUCGAGCCCGACAACAACUGCGUGGUCGUCGUCGGCCAUGGCAUUAGUCUGGGCGUGCUGACCUUGGCCCUGGUCAAGAAGCUCAGCAAUGGCUCCAGGUACGACUCGACAAGGAUAUCCUGGAGCAAUACCGGCUACGCCGAUCUUGUCAUCUCAAUGUCCAGUGCCACAGCUGUGGAUGUCCCGGCCGCCAGCAGCUCACCAUGGUCCAAACUUGGAUUCCGUGUGGCGCAAAUCAACUGUACCGCCCACCUCCAUGGACUUCGUAAAACUCGGGGCGGAAUCGGAAGUGCUGCCCAUGACGACAAGCAGAAGACCAUCCAAGGUUACUUUGUAGCCUCGUCGCGGAAACGGAAGGCAAGCGACGUCACCAACUGA